AUGACACCAAAUCUUCUUGCAAGAGACAAGCAAUACUAUAAGCUUGACAUCACCGACAAUCUACCUCCCGGCACGGACAGCAUACUUCAAUUUGAACUCGAACCACGACAACCGAGGCCACCACCUCCCCCCAAGAGACCGGUUCCAGAAUGGCCGCCUGAAGCGGAAAGAAAAGGAAAAUGGAUCUCCAAGUAUCUAGACAAACUCGAUCCAGAAACAGAAUACGACCAAAUCGUGAAAACGGCAAUCUUCUUCAUGGCAAAUUCCUUCGCCUUUUCAGCAGGAUAUGCGUCGACUUUCAUCCACCUGGUCCAAACUCCCGCCGGAGCCGCCGCGGUGCACCAGACCGCCAAAGCCUAUCGCCGCGGUCACCAGCGGUUUUUUGAGACCCAAGAUUACUUCCUCGACUGGAUGUGGUACGGAAGCGGCUCCGAAAUAAGCAUAAAACGCCUCGAGAGCGUGAAUAAGAUCCACGCGAGCGUCUGGAAGCAAGUGCCCGGCGCUUAUAGUCAUCCCUGGGAAGGCGAGAUGGCCAUUAUUGGCGCGGCGUACUUCGAGACUUAUCUGCGCAAGUUGACAGGGGCGAGGAGAAAGGAGCCGCACCCGAACGUCCAGAGGGCGUGGCCGGAAUGGGGGGAACGGGUGUGCGCCCUCUUGAGAACAGAGCCUGCGGAUGGGUCGCGCAGCUUUGGUGUCAACUUUCCGAGAACUUGGGAAGAGCUUGAGGGUUUCUAUCUGUGGUUUCAGAGGAUUCCUAUGGAGACGUACACCAAUGAGGAAGAUAGUAGAAAGGCACAUGAUGCUUCGGAGGCGUUCUUGAGACAGUUCAGUAUGCUUUGGUUCCCGAGACGAUUCCAAUGGCUGGGUCGACAGGUUGUGUUGACAGUGAUACCGGCUCAGGUCCGAGAGCAUAACCGGAUUGGACACCCGAACCCCUUGGCAGAGACGCUUGUUAAAUUCGCGAUUAAGAUCUACUUGGACGUAAAAGAUGCUUUGCCGGAUCCUGUGAGACCUGUCUUUUCCGACGAGUAUCAUGCGGCUAAAGGAGUGAAUUGGAACAAGACAGACAUCAAGGCGGAGGCAGAGUGGACGCGUCGAGACCAGAUCACCAAUGCUGUCAUGGUUGCAAUGGUGUUAGUGUUCGGGCUGGGUUUGUUCCUAAGAAUCUAA